CUCCCCGACAACUUCUCCGCGUUCGAAGCUUCCCCAAUUUCCUCGUCUCUGCGGUCCUCGCCGAGAUCGGCCAUCCAAUUCCUUGCUCGCUUCCUCUUCCUCUGCCUUCGUGCUCCUCGCCGAAGCGUCUCCUUCACAAUUCCGUUACGCCUCAUAUUUUGUAAGUUGUUGGAUCUACCCUUUUUUGAGGUUUUCCGGGUGGUGGUAGCUGAACGUGUCGCCCUAUUUCACUGGAAAGGUGUGUUUUUUUGUGGUUUAUGAUCCAACAAGCAUCGCUCUUCCUCGGAUCUGGAUUCGGUUUCCAGUUUUUUUUUCUCCCGUUUUUCUUGAAGGGCAAACGAUGUAGAUCGAGUCGCGAUCUUCAGAUUUGUCGUCGAUGUUCCAUAUUCGACGAAUUGCUCGACUGUCAUGUGUAAUGCAGUGAUCUAAUUUGUCGCCCGGAAUUUGGGUUACAAAUGACGGAAUACAAACCUAAGAACAUCCUCAUUACUGGGGCCGCAGGCUUCAUUGCAUCCCAUGUCGCAAACCGCCUAGUCCGAAACUAUCCUGACUACAAGAUUGUGGUGCUUGACAAGCUUGAUUAUUGCUCCAACUUGAAGAACUUGAACCCGUCGCGAUCAUCUGCUAACUUCAAGUUUGUGAAGGGUGACAUUGGGAGUGUGGACCUCGUCAAUUACCUCCUGAUCACGGAGUCCAUUGAUACCAUCAUGCAUUUUGCAGCCCAGACCCAUGUUGACAAUUCUUUCGGUAACUCCUUUGAGUUCACUAAGAACAACAUCUAUGGCACUCACGUCCUCCUCGAGGCCUGCAAGGUGACUGGUCAGAUCAGGAGGUUUAUCCAUGUUAGCACCGAUGAGGUCUAUGGAGAGACUGAUGAGGAUGCUGUGGUUGGAAAUCAUGAGGCAUCUCAGUUGCUGCCGACGAACCCAUACUCAGCAACAAAAGCUGGUGCUGAGAUGCUCGUUAUGGCUUAUGGAAGAUCAUAUGGCCUACCAGUGAUUACUACCCGAGGAAACAAUGUGUAUGGGCCAAAUCAAUUUCCAGAGAAACUGAUUCCAAAGUUUAUCCUUUUGGCCAUGAGGGGGCAACCAUUGCCUAUUCAUGGAGAUGGCUCUAAUGUCAGAAGCUAUCUAUACUGUGAGGAUGUUGCUGAGGCCUUUGAGGUUGUUCUUCACAAAGGUGAGGUCGGCCAUGUAUAUAACAUUGGAACGAAGAGAGAAAGGAGAGUGAUUGAUGUGGCAAAGGAUAUUUGCAAACUCUGCUCAUUAGAUUCCGAUAAGGUCAUUAAGUUUGUGGAGAAUAGACCCUUCAAUGAUCAGAGAUACUUUUUGGAUGACCAGAAGCUGAAGAACCUAGGAUGGUCAGAGAGGACUGUCUGGGAGGAGGGACUCAAGAAGACGAUGGAGUGGUACAUGAACAAUCCAGAUUGGUGGGGAGAUGUUUCGGGAGCAUUAUUGCCUCAUCCACGAAUGCUAAUGAUGCCUGGUAUGUUUGAGGGUUCUGAAGAAACAAAGUUCUUGGUUUCUCAGUCUAUGAACACUAAUACACAGAACAAAAUGUUGGUUCCCACUCCAAGGAGCAGUGUGUCCUCUCCUAAGAAACCACAAUUGAAAUUCCUGAUAUAUGGUAGAACAGGAUGGCUUGGGGGCAUUCUGGGGAAGCUAUGUGAGAAACAAGGCAUACAAUAUGAGUAUGGACGGGGGCGGCUGGAAGACCGUUCCCAGCUCAUAUUGGAUAUUCAAAAUGUGAAGCCAACUCAUGUUUUCAAUGCUGCUGGUGUGACUGGCAGGCCUAAUGUCGACUGGUGUGAAUCACAUAAGCAGGAAACAAUUCGCACUAAUGUUGUGGGAACUUUGACUCUUGCAGAUGUCUGUAGGGAGCAUGAGUUGCUAUUGAUGAAUUAUGCUACUGGUUGUAUAUUUGAGUAUGAUGUUGAACACCCUGAAGGAUCUGGCAUCGGAUUCAAGGAAGAAGACAAACCCAAUUUUUUUGGUUCCUUCUAUUCAAAGACUAAAGCAAUGGUUGAAGAGCUUUUGAAAGAAUAUGAAAAUGUAUGCACACUUCGAGUCAGGAUGCCCAUAUCGUCUGAUCUGAGCAACCCUCGGAACUUCAUCACAAAAAUCAGUCGUUAUAACAAGGUUGUGAACAUUCCCAAUAGCAUGACGAUCUUAGAUGAACUUUUGCCUAUUUCAAUAGAGAUGGCAAAAAGAAACUGCAAGGGCAUAUGGAACUUUACAAAUCCUGGUGUGGUGAGCCACAAUGAAAUCUUAGAGAUGUACAAGAGCUACAUUGACCCCAGCUUCAAGUGGGUCAAUUUCACAUUGGAAGAACAGGCCAGAGUCAUAGUUGCAGCUCGAAGCAAUAACGAACUGGAUGCUACAAAGUUGAAGAAUGAGUUCCCGGAGCUGUUGUCCAUUAAAGAAUCCCUUAUCAAGUAUGUGUUUGAGCCAAAUAAGGUCAUUUCUAACUGAGAAGCUCACUCGAGAUCAUUUCAUUACAUUUGUUCUAAGAAUUAGUGCCAUAGACUUUAUUAUUCUCUCUCACUGCUAUUCAGUAUAGUCAUGGAGGGAUGAUUAUUACGCUAAGCUCUGUGUUAGUGUCAGAAGAGUUUUAUAUAAUCAGAUGAGCUAUAUAAGCUGAUUUUGUGUUGGGAAGACUUUUCUAGACGAGAAGAAGCACGUUGAUCAAUAUCUUUUUUGUUUUUUAAGUUGUAAGCUUCAUUGAUAGUCCAAACGAUGUGCCGUUAUUCAAUACAUUUGAUCAAUGCACUCAACUUAUUGUUUUGAACAUC